ACACUUAACGUGACAGGCAGUUUAAUAAAAACAACUUGUGCUGUCGAAUCGUAUUUUUUAAAAACACACUCAACAAAAAUGGAUGAAGACUGGUGGCUGGAGCAGCUGCAACAGCUUAAGAUGAAUGAAAAACGUCUGGAUGUGCUCACAAACAUGUAUACAACAAUUAACAAACAAGGCGCGCUGCCGCGCCAAAUACUUGAAAAAUUGUUGCGCGAACCGCUGAUCUAUGAAUGCGCGCUCAUAGAAAACGCCGCCAAAGAACCAUUGGUGAAUCUGACUAUAGAUUUCAUUGGCAGCUGCCUGGAGCAGCUGCAGCUGGACAUGAGCGAUGAAAAAUUGCCAAAGCUGCUGCAACUGACGCUCAACCAUAGCAAUCCAGCCGUGCGGGCGCUAGUGCUAAAGCAGCUACAACGCCAAGCCGGCAAACCCAGUCAGGAGCUGCUGCUCUAUGUGCUGGACGAGCUGCAGCAGCCGGAAACACUAAGCAGCACUGCGGCCAUAAAUAUAUUAGCCAAAGCUUUAGUGGAGCCAGAACUGAAGAAUGCCAGCGUGCAGUCCAAGCUGCUGCAGUUGCUCAAACAAAACGAAGUAGUGCGCUGUCGCGCCUAUGAGCUGGGUGUUAAACUGGCCAAGAGCAGCGCCGCCACGCUCAGCGCUGUGGAGUUCAUACUGGAUGCAGCGCUCAGCGAACUGGACAACGAUGAUGUGCUGCUGCAGGCGAGUGUAAUGGAAAUACUUGUGCCGCUGGCGGAACAAAAUCAUGGUCUCAGCUAUAUGGAGCGCCGCCGUGUCUUCGAUAUAUUCAGCAGUCGCGUGCAGCGCUUGGAGGAGCAUCCCUUGGAUGCACUGCUCAUACCAAGCAUAAUGAAAUUCUUUGGCAAAAUCGCUGCAGUGCAGCCACAAAAGAUUCUGACAGGCUAUCCGCACAUGCUGUUGCAACUGUUUGAGCUGCUCCAGUCCGGCGAUGAGACUGUGCUGCCCACAGCAAUGGAUACACUGGCCAAUCUAGCCGGCAGCAACACGGGCAAGAUCUUGCUACACAAGCAGUAUGAAACGCAAAUGCUGCAAGCUCUAAGCAAAUUCGCUACCUAUACCAAGCAUCUGUCGCCGCUGCUCAAAGUGCGUCUGCUCAAUGCGCUGGACAUGAUCUAUGCGCGGGAGAGCAGCAAUAGCGCUGAAGUAGAGUUAAGCAACAUUUUAAAGCUUUGGUUUGAAAGCUUUGCUGGCGGCCAGCAGUUAGAUCACAUUAUGGAGCUAUUGCAUACACCUUUUCCGGAUCUACAGCUUGCUGCAUUGGCGCUGAUGAAGACACUUUGUCUCUAUGAUUGGGGCAUACUGUCGCUUAAGAAUACGGGCGGCGCCGUUGAGUUUUUGCUAUCGCGUCAACGCGAUUUGCACAAGGAUGUUAAAUAUGUAAAAUGGCAAAUUUUGGAACAACUAUGUGCCAGCGAUAAGUUUGCGCCCAGCGAAAUUCUGCGCUUCACCGCCUACGUCAAUGAGGGUCCCUAUUAUGUCCAGGCUGAUGUCAGCAUAGCCACCGAGCCACAGUAGUUUCCAAAUCCACAUAUUUUUAAAUUGUUAACCAGUGAAAACAACUAAAACUAACUUAACUGCUGUUAAAUGUAUUAAAUGCAAACAUUUU